ACUACGACGUCAUUACGCACGAAUGUUUGCGCGUCUGAGUUGUCCUUGAGCGGAUCAUCACUGGCAAAAUGGUUGCAUAUUGGAGACAAGCGGGCCUUAGCUACAUUCGCUUCUCUGCUAUAUGCGCGAGUGCUGUUCGUGCGGCAUUGAAACCCCAGUUCAAAGUCGAGGCACUGAAGGUGGCGGAGUCCAGCGUCAAAGUCUAUAAGCCGAAGGCAAUAGCAUGAUCUGAUACAUCAUGUAGUCACGUUCUUCAGGGCCAUGAGGGUUUGUCACCGUCCUGGCCAACAUCUGUUGGAAUAUGCAUGAAAAUGAGUUGUAUCUCGAUUUGUGGAGACUGGGGCACCCAGUGUAAUGGAAAUAUUUGUUUUUCUCAAUCUGAAAUUAAAUUAAAAUGCCUGUAUACAAAUGA